ACAUACCUAGCUUUACUUUUUGUCUCCAAAAGUUCAAUUCUGCAUUUUAAACAUAUGGCCAUUCACUUCACUGUCUCUCAUUAUUUCUCCUUCCACUGUUUCAUGGCUCCCAUUCUUUAUCUCAUUCUCUUUCUCACAAUUUCAAGUAGCAGUGUUGAGGGCCAACCUUCACCCGGCUACUACCCCAACUCCAAAUUCAAUUCUAUAAGUUUUGAACAAGGAUUAAGAAGCCUCUGGGGUCCUCAGCAUCAAAGAGUAGACCAGGGCGCCUUAACAAUCUGGCUUGAUAGAACCUCAGGAAGUGGGUUCAAGUCACUUCAUCAGUACAGUUCUGGUUACUUCGGAGCUGACAUCAAGCUUCAACCCGGUUACACAGCCGGAGUUAUCACAUCUCUCUAUCUUUCGAACAACGAAGAUCACCCGGGGAACCAUGAUGAAAUUGAUAUCGAGUUCCUUGGCACAAUACCUGGAAAGCCCUAUACUCUGCAGACUAACGUAUACAUAAGAGGAAGUGGCGAUGGAAAUAUUGUUGGAAGAGAAAUGAAGUUUCAUCUCUGGUUUGAUCCUACUCAAGACUUUCAUAACUAUGCUAUCCUAUGGACCCCAAGUGAGAUCAUAUUCCUGGUGGAUGAUGUGCCAAUUAGAAGGUAUCCAAGGAAGAGCGAUGCCACAUUUCCCAAAAGGCCAAUGUAUGUGUACGGUUCAAUAUGGGAUGCGUCAUCAUGGGCCACCGAGAAUGGAAAAUACAAAGCCGAUUAUCAAUACCAACCCUUCAUUGGUAGGUACACAAAUUUCAAACUAGCCGGUUGCACCGCGGAUGGAUCUGCCUCCUGCCGCCCACCAUCAGCCUCGCCAUCCGGGUCUGGUGGCCUCAGCCAACAACAACUCUCGGCAAUGGCUUGGGUCCAGAGAAACUAUUUGGCCUAUUACUAUUGCCAGGACCCCAAGAGAGACCACACCCAAACACCUGAGUGUUAGGGUUAAUUAAUUAUAAUAUUUAUGUGUUCAUGUUUUUUUUAUUUAUGCAAUAAGCGUUUUUCAUCAUGUUUUGGAAGUUCUUGAGAUGGGUUCCACUUGCAAAGAAAAGGUGCAAGAGAAGUUGAGCGUCCGAGACUCCAAAAAGUUGAAGGUUUUGUCGUUUUUGUUAUCGUUUUGGUCAUGUGGUGUUACAGUUCAGUUUGCUACAACCGUAAUAAAUAAAUUUUUUAAUGCA